GAAUUUCUCACCGGUCAAAGGUUAGGUUAGGAAUUGGACACUCGCUCGCGGUCGCGAACAUGGCCACGCGGGGUUUAGUCCGAAUAUUUAACUUUAAGAGUCCUUCUUUCAAUAAUUUUUCAAUACUUUCAACUCGACCGUCGGACAAAUGUCUAUCUUGCUCAAGGAUUUCUGGUUUGGCGGCUGUCUGUGGCACUGCUAGACUGUACAACGAUGUCCUUGGCACUUGUAAUCAACACACAGGCUCUGCAAGAGGCUUUCAUACCUCAUCAAGUCUAUUUAAGAAAGACUACUAUGAUGUUCUCGGAGUUAGCAAAAAGUCUGACCCUAAAGAAAUUAAGAAAGCAUACUAUCAAUUAGCAAAAAAGUAUCAUCCUGAUACAAAUAAAGAUGAUCCUAAUGCUUCCAAAAAGUUCCAGGAAGUUUCCGAGGCCUAUGAGGUUCUGAGUGAUGAAAAUAAGCGCAGAGAAUAUGAUGCCUGGGGCACAACGUCUGAGCAAAUGGGACGUGAGGGUGGUGGUGGUGGUGGUUUUGGAGCAAGAAGAGGAUCAGGCGCAGGUGCAGGGACUCAGCAGAGAUGGGAAUACCGAGCCUCUGUUGAUCCGGAGGAGCUGUUCCGAAAAAUAUUUGGCGAGCAUGGAUUCCAAGGAUUUAAUGAUUUUGCAGAGUCAGCAUUUGGAUUUGGAGCGGGUCAAGAGGUCACAAUAGAGCUAACAUUUGCUCAGGCUGCUCGUGGAAUCAAUAAAGACAUUGAUGUCAACAUUGUUGACACAUGUCAAAAAUGCAAAGGAACCAGAGCAGAGCCAGGAACCAAGGCUACAAAAUGCCAAAGUUGUAAUGGUUCUGGAAUGGAAACUAUUAAAACAGGUCCGUUUGUAAUGCGUGCUCCAUGCCGAGUUUGUAAUGGAACCACAAUGGUUAUUAGGCAUCCUUGUCAAGAGUGUGGAGGCAAUGGGAAAACAUUGCAGCGCAAACGAGUGACCGUACCGGUUCCUGCAGGCGUCCAAGAUGGUCAAACACUGCGUAUGACUGUUGGGAGAAAGGAACUCUUUGUAACCGUGCGAGUUCAGAAAUCACCUUAUUUCAAGCAACAAGGUGCAGAUGUCCACACUGAUGCAGAUAUUUCCUUGUCACAAGCUGUUUUAGGCGGAACAAUUCGUGUGCAGGGAGUCUAUGAAGAUCAGACAAUACAGAUAUCUCCUCUAACAUCCUCACAUACCAAAAUUUGCCUCAAGGCCAAAGGAAUGAAACUAGUAUCAGGUUAUGGUUAUGGUGACCAUUAUGUCACAAUAAAGAUCAAGAUGCCAAAGUCCCUGACACCAGAACAGAAAGAACUGUUAACAGCGUAUGCUGAGCUGGAAGAAGACACACCCGGGACAAUUUUUGGACUCACAAUCAAGAAAGAUGGUCGCAAGGUCCGAUUGUUCCCCAAAGAUGACCCCAAAAAAAUUAGUGACUCAGACUCUGUUGAGAAUGGCGUUAGUGAAAAAAGUGCUUCCAAGGCAGAUGGACAAGAAAAUAGUAAUGACGAGCCUGUCAAAAAGGAGAACUCUUCUGAAAGUACUGACAGUACACCAGUGGCAAACAAAAGUAAAUCUGUGAUAGAUGAGAACACUAAGAAAGAGGCAGAAGAAAAGGUUAGGCAAUAAGAGGAAGGUAGUAGUUUUUUUAAUGUGUAGUGCAGACUGUACAUUUAUAGCAACAUUCUGAUAAUAUUAACUCGGUAGCAGAAUAUUAAUCAAUCUGUUACCGCAUAAACAUUUAUGGUUGAAAGGAUACUGCAACAAAUGUCAAGAUUAGACUUUCAGUUUAACUGUACUGUUUUUUUGGAAGCGCUUGCUGAUCUGCUAUGUAUUAGUCCAAUAGCUUAUCAAAUGUAGGCAAUCAGAACCCAUCAACUGAACUGUGGCUGUUCCAGAAAUAUUUAAUAAAUGUUAUGUUUGCAUUUAUGCCCCAAAAAAA